AUGAAGCUUUUGGUGUUGUUUGCAUGGGCUUCUGCUCUUCUAGUUUUUUCCUUGGCCUCUGCAGCAACAGUGGAGCACACUUUCACUGUCCAAAACAAAGCUAUCAAACGUUUGUGCAAUGAACGAGUGAUUGUCACAGUUAAUGGACUUUACCCUGGACCAACGAUAGAAGUUCAAGAAGGGGACGCUGUGAUCAUUCACCUGGUUAACAAGUCACCCUACAAUAUCACUAUUCACUGGCAUGGAAUAUUUCAGCUCUUUAGUGCAUGGGCAGAUGGUCCUGAAUACAUAACACAAUGCGCAAUUCGUCCUCAACAUAGUUAUACUUAUAAAUUCAAUGUAAUAAAACAAGAAGGAACAGUGUGGUGGCAUGCUCAUGCUUCAGUUUUACGUGCCACCGUUCAUGGUGCUUUCAUCAUUCACCCUAGAUCGGGAUACUUUCCAUUUCCUAAACCCUACAAGCAUGUUCCACUCAUAUUAGGUGAUUGGUAUGACGGAAAUGUGGUGGAUAUUUAUAAUCUCAUACUCGCCAAUGGGGCUGUACGGGUAUCCGAUGCCUUCACCAUCAAUGGUUUGCCUGGUGAUCUCUUCAACUGCUCAAAACAUCAGACAUUCAAGCUAAAGGUGAGACAAGGAAAGACGUACAUGCUACGAAUGAUCAACGCUGCAUUCAAUAACAACCUUUUCUUCAAGAUAGCCAACCACAAAUUCACAGUGGUUGCCAUGGACGCUUCAUACAUCGAGCAAUACGUCACUGACGUCAUCACCAUCGCCCCUGGUCAAACCGCUGACGUGCUUCUCAAAGCUGACCAACCCAUAGGCUCCUAUUACAUGGCAGCCUCUCCUUACGUUGUGGGCCAGCCCUCGCCACUAUUCGACAACACGACAACGCGAGGCAUUGUCGUCUACGAAGGUUACACGUCAACCUUAAAAGCUUCAAAACCCAUCAUGCCAAUACUUCCACCCUUCAACGACACACCAAUCGCCAACACAUUCUUCACCGGCAUCAAAGGCUUGGUGGGGGCCCCACACUGGGUCCCCGUCCCACUUGAGGUGGACGAGCAGAUGCUCAUCACCAUUAGCAUAAACCUAGAACGGUGUCCCAAGAAUGGCACGUGCUUAGGUUUGUUUCAAGAGAAAUUCUCUGCCAGCAUGAAUAACGAGUCCUUUGUGCACCCUGUCGGGAAAGGGUACUCUAUGUUAGAGGCAUCGUUUUACAAUGUGAGUGGUGUGUACAGUACUGAUUUUCCUAACUACCCCCCUGUAGAAUUUGACUACACAAGCCCCAAAAAUGCUUUGGAUUUUAGCGUCAUGUUUGCCCCGAAAUCGACCAAGGUGAAGAAGCUCAAGUUCAAUUCAACCGUUGAGGUUGUGUUUCAAAACACGGCAAUUUUGAAUCCACAAAGCCACCCCAUGCACCUUCAUGGUUUUAGUUUCCAUGUUUUGGCUCAAGGGUUUGGAAACUACAAUGCGACCAAAGAUAGAGUCAAGUUUAAUUUAGUGAAUCCACAGAUACGUAACACAAUUGCUGUGCCAGCUGGAGGAUGGGCUGUCAUCAGAUUCCAAGCAAACAAUCCAGGGAUGUGGUUUGUGCAUUGCCAUGUGGAUGAUCAUAUGUUAUGGGGACUAGACAUGGCUUUUGAGGUUGAGAGUGGACCAACUUCUUCAACUUCUCUCCCACCACCACCGGCUGAUCUACCUGAGUGUUAG